AUGGAUAUCUCCAAGCCUGUUGGUUCGGAAAUUACUUCGGUGGAUUUCGGUGUAUUAUCCACCGAUGAGAUCAGAAAAUUGUCCGCAAAACAGAUCACCAAUCCCAUUGUCUUUGACAAUUUGGGCCACGCAGUGAACAACGGUCUUUACGAUUUGGCUUUGGGUGCCUUUCUUAGAAACUUAUGUACCACUUGUGGUUUGGAUGAGAAAUUCUGUCCAGGUCACCAGGGCCAUAUUGAAUUGCCCGUUCCAGUGUACAACCCGCUCUUCUUCAAUCAGUUGUACAUCUUCUUGAGAUCUUCAUGUCUCUACUGUCACCACUUGAAGUUGGGCGAGAUGGAGGUACACAAGUACAUUUGUAAGCUUAAAUUGGUGCAGUAUGGCUUGCUUUUGGAGUGUCAAGAAUUGGAGAAUUUGUUCGCCAAGGAUGGAAACCUUGGUGAUGAUGAUGAAGAAUCCUCCUCAUCUUCCAACGGUCUUGAACCUGAGGCCAAAAAGAAGAUCAAGCAAAGAAGGGAAGACUUCGUCAAUCUCGCUAUAACUACUGCAUUGAGCGAGGGUAGAACUUCCGAAAAUGGUCUCAUCACUGAGACUGUUGGUGAAGAAAGAAAGAACAUUACUCAAGAAUUCUACAAGAGAAUUCUUUCGAGGCCCAAGUGUGACAACUGUGGGAUGUACUCGCCAACUUACAGAAAGGAUGGAUAUGUGAAGAUUUUUGAGAAUGCCUUGAGAGAGAAGCAAGUCUCCAACAAUAGAGUAAAGGGAUUGUCUCGUCCAGACGUUCUCAAAAAGACCACCAAUAGUCAAUCUUCAAAUCCAACGGAGAAUAUUUCAAGCAUCAAACUGAAAACCGGAUCCAAGUAUGUUUUAUCGACGGAGGUCAGAAAUGUGUUGAGAAGUGUGUUCAAUAAUGAGCAGGAAAUGAUGCAGAAGCUUUUCCACUCUAGACCCCUCAAUACUGCCACAGUUACAGCAGACAUGUUUUUCAUCCAAGCAUUGAUUGUGCCUGCUACCAGAUUCAGACUUCCUUCCAAGUUGGGAGAUGAGAUUCACGAGAAUGCUCAAAAUGAACUCUUGUCGAAUAUCUUGAAAACCUCUCUAUUGAUCAGAGAUUUGAACGACCAAAUUUCUGGUAUGUUCUCCAAGGAGAAGUCUGCUACCGUCGACGAUAGAAAGAUCUUAUUUAACAGAUUGAUGAAUUCUUUCGUCACUAUUCAAAACGACGUGAAUGCCUUCAUUGACUCUACUAAAAACCAAAAUGCUCCUGCUGGAAAAGCCCCCAACCCAGGUAUUAAGCAAGCUUUGGAAAAGAAGGAAGGUUUGUUCCGUAAACACAUGAUGGGUAAGAGAGUCAACUACGCUGCUCGUUCCGUCAUUUCUCCAGAUCCUAAUUUGGAAACUAACGAGAUUGGUGUACCUCCGGUCUUUGCCGUGAAGUUAACUUACCCAGAGCCAGUAACCGCAUACAAUGUAUCCGAAUUGAGACAGGCUGUGAUAAACGGUCCAGACAAGUGGCCCGGUGCUAUUCAGGUCCAAAACGAAGACGGAACUAUGGUGUCGUUGAUUGGUAUGACUUUGGAACAACGUAAAGCCGUUGCUAACCAAUUGUUGACUCCAUCUAACGGUGCCAGUGUCAUCAAUAAAAAGGUUCACAGACAUAUUAAGAAUAAAGAUGUUGUCAUCAUGAACCGUCAGCCAACUUUGCAUAAAGCCUCCAUGAUGGGUCACAAAGUUAGAGUUUUGCCAGGUGAAAAGACUUUGAGAUUGCAUUACGCUAACACUGGAGCUUACAAUGCCGAUUUCGAUGGUGACGAGAUGAACAUGCAUUUCCCACAAAAUGAGAAUGCCAAGGCUGAAGCACUCAAUUUAGCUAACACCGACUCUCAGUACUUGACUCCAACUUCGGGAUCUCCAUUGAGAGGUUUGAUUCAGGACCAUAUUUCUGCUGGUGUUUGGUUGACAAGCAAGGACAGCUUCUUCACAAGGGACAUUUACCAGCAAUUGGUCUAUGGCUGUAUCAGACCCGAGGAUGGCCACACUAAUGGGGCCACUAGAAUUCUUACUGUCGCACCUGCAAUUAUCAAACCACAACCAAUGUGGACCGGUAAGCAGGUCAUCACUACCAUUUUGUUGAAUAUCAAGCCACGUGAUGUUCCGGGUAUCAACUUAGUGUCUAAGAACAAGGUCAAAGAUGACUAUUGGGGUAAGGGCUCGAAGGAAAAUGAGGUUUUGUUCAAGAACGGUGAGUUAUUGUGUGGUAUCUUGGAUAAAUCUCAGUAUGGUGCUUCCCAGUAUGGUAUUGUCCACUCUUUGCAUGAAGUUUACGGUCCAGACACUGCCAGUAAGGCAUUGUCUGUGUUGGGUAGACUUUUCACAAAUUACAUCAUGAUGACUGCCUUCACUUGUGGUAUGGACGACUUGAGAUUGACUGACGAGGGUAACGAUUGGAGGAGGGACAUUCUCAAACAGUCCGUAGAUAUUGGAAGAACCGCAGCUUGCGAAGUCACUAAUUUAGAGUCUGACACAGCUAACAACGACAAGGAAUUGUUGAGACGUUUGGAGGAAAUCUUGAGAGACGAUAACAAACUUGGAAUUUUAGAUGCCAUUACCCAGUCUAAGGUGAACGCUAUCACGUCGCAGGUUGUCAACAAGUGUAUCCCAGAAGGAACCAUGAAGAGAUUUCCUUACAACAGUAUGCAAGCAAUGGCCCUUUCGGGUGCCAAGGGUUCUGGUGUGAACGUUUCUCAGAUCAUGUGUCUUUUGGGUCAACAGGCUUUGGAAGGUAGAAGAGUUCCUGUCAUGGUCAGUGGUAAGACUUUACCAUCCUUCAAGCCAUUCGAGACCGAUGCUCGCGCUGGUGGUUAUAUUAAGGGUCGCUUUUACUCCGGUAUUAGACCGCAGGAGUAUUAUUUCCAUUGUAUGGCUGGAAGAGAAGGUUUGAUCGAUACCGCCGUCAAAACAUCCAGAUCUGGAUACUUGCAACGUUGUUUGACGAAACAAUUGGAGGGUAUCCACGUUUCUUACGACAAUUCCGUUAGAGAUGGUGAUGGUUCCUUGCUUCAGUUCUUGUAUGGUGGAGAUGCCAUUGACACCACUAAGCAAUCGCACAUGAACCAAUUCAAGUUCUGUCUUGAGAACUACGAUGCAUUAUUGUCCAAGUACAAUCCAGGAGACUUGACAGAGCACUUGGAUACCGAGGCAGCAUUGUCUUACUCCAAGAAGGUUCGUAAGAACUUCAAGAAACAAAAGGAAUUACCUCACUAUGAACAAAGUGCUAAGUAUGACCCUGUAUUGUCUGUUUUCAACCCAGCAAAAUACUUGGGAUCUGUUUCUGAGAACUUCCAGGAUAAACUUGAUGAUUUUGUGAAGGAGAACCCAAGUUUGUUCACUAAGCACCUGAGCGAUGGUGUCACUGAAAAGAAAUACCGUGCUUUGAUGCAAUUGAAGUAUAUGAGAUCCUUGAUCAAUCCAGGGGAGUCUGUCGGAAUUAUUGCUGCUCAGUCCAUCGGUGAACCAUCUACACAGAUGACGUUGAACACUUUCCACUUUGCUGGACACGGUGCUGCUAACGUCACUUUGGGUAUUCCAAGAAUGAGAGAAAUUAUCAUGACUGCUUCCGCAUCGAUCAAGACUCCUCAGAUGUCAUUGCCUAUUUUGGAGGAUGUUAGCGACAACAUGGCAGACUCCUUCUGUAAGUCUGUUGCCAAGGUUCGCUUGAGUGAGUUCAUCGACAAAGUUACUGUGACCGAAACCACAGGUAUCGAGGAGGGAACCUCUACUUCCUACAGAUCCUAUAAGGUCAAGCUUGACUUCUACUCCAAGGGUGAAUACGAGGAGGAGUACGACAUCUCGCAAGAACAAUUGCAAAACACUGUUGCUACCAAAUUCUUGGGUAAGUUGGAGAACGCUAUCAGCAAGGAAACAAAGAAGCAGACCAGAUCUGAGAACUUACCAACUAUUGGUAAGGCACUUCCUAAGUCUCAGACUGACGCUGCUUUGGCCACUAACAAGAAUUUGGAUGGUGAAGGUUCCGAAGAUGGAGAUGCUUCUGACGACAAGUUGAAGUCCAACUCCAAGCAAGCUGUUUCUUAUGACGGACCUGAUGAUGAAGAGAUAGAGUCCAUGGAGAAGGCCGAGCAGACCUCUGAUGAGGAAAUGGAGGACAACUCCGAUUCUGAAGAUUCUGAGGAGGACUCGGACGAUGAUGAGAACAUGGUGAUUGACGAAGCAAAGGAGAAGGCACCAAAGACCCUCAAAACCUUGUCGAAGUCUGCUAAGGACAGACAAGCUGAUGUUGUGUCAUCGCAUCACUUUAUCAAGAAGUAUGACUUCGACGAUGACAAUGGUGAGUGGUGUGAGUUCGAGAUCGAACUUCUUGGUGAUGUACAAAAGUUGUUGAUGGUCAACAUCAUCGAGGACUUGUGUCGUGAGGUUGUUGUCAGAGAAAUCAAGAACAUCGGUAGAUGUCUCCGCCCUCAGCCUGACGCAGGUAAGAGACUCUUGACAACCGAGGGUGUGAACUUCAAGGCCAUGUGGGAGCAGGAUGACUUCAUUAAUGUCAACGGAAUUCGUUCGAACGAUAUUAGUGCCGUAUUGAGAACUUAUGGUGUGGAGGCAGCCAGAAACACUAUUGUCAAUGAGAUCAAUAAUGUUUUCUCCACUUAUGCCAUUUCUGUCUCGAGUCGUCAUUUGGACUUGAUAGCUGAUAUGAUGACUAGAGAAGGUACUUAUCUUGCUUUUAACAGACAGGGUAUCGACUCUUCUACUUCUGCAUUCAAGAAGAUGUCUUACGAAACCACCUGUCAAUUCUUGACCAAGGCCGUUUUGGAUGGAGAUACUGAAGAUUUAGAGUCUCCUUCGGCUAGAAUCGUCUUGGGUAAAUUGUCUAACGUUGGCACAGGAUCUUUUGAUAUUAUGUCGAAGAUGCCUACAAUGGUUUAG